AUGGCGGCACACCUCCACCACCUCUCCACCCGUUGUCUCUCCUCCCACGCCGCUGGUGGUGGCGACAUGGGCUGCUCGAAUGCUCUGCCCGCGAUAACAAUCCAACAACUUGCACGGGAAGUUGAAUCUGUCCGUGGCCAUACCAGUGCCAACCUGCCCAAUCGCUCUGAUGCGGAAAUGCCCCAGACCACAGACACAACUCCUCUCAUACUGGCACGACGGCCCAUGGCUGUACCUGCCGUCACCCCUGUAGCAAUACUAACCCAAAUCGGUGGGCUGAUGGCUUGGAGGCUCAAUAGAAUUGCCCUUGCUAAUUACCUGCGCACUUCAAAAUGCAAUCUGCUGCCGCAGAGCCGUAUUCUACACAUCGCUCUCAUCAUCAAACAUGUCCCCGAAGGUCGAGGCUCGAACUGGUUUGUCGUGGGCCGCUCGCGCCACAAUAGUCUAGAAUGUGCUCCGUACUUCAACGGCAAAGAAGUGAAGCUUGACGAGGCGCACCGCGUACCACGAGCCUGGUUCCGCAACGACUUAGAAGAGCCUGGUCUAACGGCCCACCCGCAGAGAAUGAACCAGGGUAUGUGCAAAAAUGACGCGAGAGACGACCCGGCUAGCGGACAGAGUCUUUCGUGGGUGGAGGUGGUCGUGCCAAAAGCAAGUCCUCCCUGCGCGCGAGCUAUCACUUUCCCAGCUAGCUGGAGAGAGCCCCUCUCGGUGUCCUGCACCUUGGCGACGAUGAGCCGAAAAUCCGGGGCCGGCGUUUAUUGUGAGUGCUAUUCAGACGUUGGCGACUUGGAAGCUUGCGAUUCAAGGGCAAGUCGACUAAUGCAAAAGGCAGUCUACAACCGCGGGCGCGGCGGCACGAGCACGGGCUUAAGGGGCGCCACGGGCCAACGUGCGUGCCGGGCGUAUUCCCGCCACAAUACGGUUGUGAUUCCGGCAGGCUUGAGCAGUACUGUGGUGGACCAGCCCGUACCAAGCCGUCCAGCCCCGGGGGGCUCAGACGCUUUGGGGCUUUUCCCAGUGACAAGUUACAACUCAGUUUGGUCAGCCCUCGCCGCGCACGGUCGUGGCUGUUUCUUUUUGGGUGGGAUGCCUGUAACACGCCUGCAAUAUCUGUUCAAUUUAAUUGUCACAGACUGGGCUUGCAGUGGCAUCCGGCAAGGAGUCCCCUUGUCCUUCCGGUGGCCUAGAUUUCUCACAAAGGUCCGCCGAGGCUUACGUGACGCCCGCAAAACCAACGAAUCCAGCACUGGUGGAAAAAGCAAGAGGGCAAAAUUGGAUCCGUGGGUCUGCCUCGAUGAAUUUUUCCCAGAUGGCGUUUCGGCUGAGCAAUGUCGAACGGUCAACAGUGUAACGGCAUAUCAUCUAGUAGCUUCCUUCUCCCCGCUGAGGCUUGGCUUCCCGCCCUUGCCUGCAUCAUCAGAAGCAAAAUUGGCCAAUACUGAGGGCUGGUGGAAGCUGCAGUGUGUCCUCGGACAGGAAAGGGAAAGGGACGCUGUGUGUGUGUUUGGUCGGCAAUGUAAGAGACCCGACGUCGAUCCCAGCGGUUGCAUGAUUUGCAAGGCCGAUUGCCUUAUGGCCCCAAAAUGCCACCAUGACCAUUCGCCCAACGGCCUCUCUCUCAUGGCUGCUCGGCCGGUUGUCGUGUGCCUGCAUAACAAAAAAAGAAAUAAAAACAAGCGUGUUUUAUCCACGGCAUACUGGAACGUCGGAGCAACAUCUCGGGGCAAGGGAGGGGGGGAAGUCGGCGAUCUGUAUGCUGUCGUAAUGCAAUGCCUGCCCCGCAUCAUCGACUUCGCCCUCCUUACAUAG